AUGAGCACCCCAGGCUUUCCUGUAGAAGGAUCACCACAAUCAUACUGGCAGCAUGAAGCCCAGCAGCCAGAAAUACCUUCAAAUACCGGACCUCUCCCCAACUCAUGUGAUGUGGCGAUUGUCGGCGGUGGUUAUGCGGGCAUUGCUACGGCAUACCACAUCUUGAAGACGACCUCUCCACCACGCAAUGUGUUCCUCUUGGAGGCAAAGGAUCCAUGUUCCGGAGCUACAGGACGGAACGGAGGACACCUGCGCCCUGACUAUCUGAUGGGAGCUGCGAGAAACUGCAAGAAAUACAAUACCUCUGCAGCAGCCGAGAUCGUGCAGUUUGAAGCUCGCCAUCUAGACGUGAUCAAGUCUCUUAUCAGGUCGGAGGCUAUUGACUGCGAUUUUGCGGAGACGGAGAGUCUCGCUGUUCUCACUACACUGGAGCAAGUUUCCAUGGUGCGCGAGGCAUAUGAGGGCUUGAAGCAAGCAUCGUCUUUCAGUGAUACCCUGCUGGAUGUGAUAGAGUUCUACGAGGGUGGUGAUGCGCCCCAACGUACAGGAUUGCGAGACGCAAAGGGCUAUUUCUCCACGCCCGCGGCUCGGGUAUCGCCCUACAAACUUCUCACGUCUCUGUUGGCGCGCUGUGUUGACAUGGGACUCUCGCUGAGGACCCAAACUGCGGUUGUAUCAGUUGAGCACGCUGGAUCAGACGGUCAUACCCUUAUGAUGCGCUCAGGAGAGACCAUGACAGCUCAAAAAGUCGUCAUCGCCACGAACGCCUACACCUCUGCAAUUCUUCCUGAGUACGCGAGUUCCAUCGUGCCAUGCAAGGGACUCGCAUGCCACAUCAUUGGCCCCAAGGGUAAGCCACUGCCAAAGCUUCUGGCCGCAAGUUGUGCCAUAAUGGAACAGGACUCAGUCUCCAACAAGACGGGCUAUAACUAUAUGGUACAACUAGAGGACAACAGCAUCGUUCUCGGCGGCGCUCACCACAAGUAUGACGGGAAUGACCUAGGGAGCUGGUACAACAACGUCAACGACACGCAGCUCAUUGAGCCGGCGCGGCGGUACUUUGAGGCUGACUACAUGCAGAGGACGUUUGUCGGGUGGGAGGACUCAGGCGCGUGUGUUGACCGUGUUUGGACGGGGAUCAUGGGGUAUAGUACUGAUUCACUUCCUCACGUGGGAGAGGUUCCUGGUAGAGACGGGGUAUUUAUAAUUGCUGGGUUUCAUGGGCAUGGAAUGCCUGUUAUCUUCUUGGCCGCAGAGGGUAUUGCAGCCAUGACCCAGGGGCUGGCGUACGAGAAGACAGGACUGCCGUCCUUGUUCAAGACCUCUAGAGACAGGCUGGAGUCAGAGAGAAAUGAUAUCCUCGCUGGUAGAGGCAUCCGGUCGACUAGGGAUUAG